ACAACACGAGUAAGAAAAUGGACUCAAACUCUACAUUCGAUUGGCCUCACACGCUGAAUUAUAACGGGACAUACAAGUACUUCUACUUUGAAGGCAACGUCUCCUAUGUGGACUUCUACCUUCAUCAGCCUUCAGUGGCAGCUGUCUUCAUCAUCUCCUACCUCCUCAUCUUCCUGCUCUGUAUGGUUGGCAAUGGAGUGGUUUGCUUUAUUGUCCUGAGGAGCAAACAUAUGCGUACAGUUACAAACUUUUUCAUCUUAAACCUGGCUGUCAGCGAUUUACUGGUGGGAAUCUUCUGCAUGCCCACCACCCUCCUGGACAACAUCAUUGCAGGUUGGCCAUUUGGGAGCCUAGUUUGCAAGAUGAGCGGCAUGGUCCAAGGAAUCUCUGUUUCUGCCUCUGUCUUCACUCUAGUUGCUAUUGCUGUGGACAGGUUUCGAUGCAUUGUUUAUCCAUUUAAGCAGAAGUUGACUGUUUCAACUGCAGUCACCAUUAUAGCAGUCAUCUGGAUUCUGGCCGUGGCAAUCAUGUGUCCUUCUGCAGUCAUGCUGCAGGUGCGAGAAGAGAAGCAUUUCAGGGUGAUCCUUGGCUAUGGCAAUGCAACCCGCCCCGUGUACUGGUGCCGGGAGGACUGGCCUAACCCGGGAAUGAGAAAGAUCUACACAACGGUUCUGUUUGCCAAUAUCUAUCUGGCUCCCCUGUCGCUCAUUAUUAUCAUGUAUGCCAGGGUAAGCAUUGCUCUCUUCAACACAGCAGUGCCUGUGGUGGGAAAACACAGCCGGGAGCAGCGGCACAGUGUAUCGAAGAAGAAACAAAAAGUCAUCAAAAUGCUCAUUAUCGUGGCUUUGCUUUUCACCCUGUCCUGGCUUCCCUUGUGGACUCUGAUGAUGCUCUCAGACUAUGCCAACCUUUCAGAUAUCCAGUUGCAGAUCAUCAACAUUUAUAUCUAUCCCUUUGCUCACUGGCUGGCCUUUUUCAACAGCAGUGUCAACCCCAUCAUCUAUGGUUUCUUUAACGAAAACUUUCGCCGAGGCUUUCAGGCCGCCUUUAAACUUCAGCUCUGCUCCAGACAGAUCGGUCACAGGGAGGUCUGUUCUCAGCGAGGCCAAAGCAAUGCCAUUUUGCCAGCUGCCAACUACCAGGCACCCCAGGAUCAAGCUUGUCAAAAUGCUAAGGAGGAGGUGAAGACAGUUAAGAAAGGAAAUUGGGUGAAUAAUCAGCAGGAUUUGAUCAUGGAGGAUCUAGAAGAGCCCUGCAACAAUGGGAUUAAGUGAAACAUGGUAUGAACUACCUAAACAGUUUAUGACUAGUGAAGUUUAUUUAUUGUGUUGUGGAAUUCAUGCUUUGUAAGCCCUUUCUGACAAAAAUGUCAAGAUGUUUCUGUUUUGAAGGAGAUAUGCAACUUGCAUAAUAU